CUCUGCUCUGAUUGGUCAACAUUGAAACUUCCUCUACGCCCGGAAGUGAGUUAAAGAAGUCAAGAUGGGGACUCGUUUGAAGGUCCUAAGCGUUUUUAAAGCGCUGCACAGAACAAGGAUGGCUGUAUUCAAAGAUGACAACAAAGUACUGACAGCUGCAAGAUUAAAGAUCAACGAGGAAUUCCGGAAAAACAAAAAUGAAACGUCAGAAGAAAAUAUUAAGAAGAUGAUCAAAAUGGGCUCAGAUGUGGAAGUUGUUCUUCGAGAGACGGUGGUACAAAUGGAACAUAUUGGGGAUAAAACGCUCUUGCUUCGACCCAGAGAGAGUCUUCUACUAGAAAACGUACCCUAUUGUGACCAGCCCAGGAAAAAGUCAUGACAGACCAUAUGAUUACAUCUUUCUCAUCAAAAAAAGAGACUCAUUGUCAUCCAUUACCGUCCAUCUACAAUUUAAAGGAUUUAUCCAAAACAACAUUUCAAGUUGUGCAGAUCAUCCAUACAUGAAGAAAUGCCCGUUUUUGACUCACUGAAGAUCUCAGCUGUGAGUGGAGAGGAAAUCUGUGCUGUAAACUGGAUGACAUAAUUUCAUGUACAGUAUUUUAUCAAAUGUAAUUUAAAUGUUUUCAUUUGGAAGUCAUGUGCCUAAUUUUCAGUAGUUUAUGAUUCAACUGAACUAAGAGGAAAAAUGGUAAUUCACUGCUACUGAAAAACAAUAUUUCACUUUGUUCUGAUUAAAGAGGAAUAUUCCCAGGC